GUUUUAUUUGUGAUAUUGGCUGAAUCCAUAUGCAGUUUUAUGAUUCUCAAAAUUCACUUGUGAUACUUUAUGAAUUCAAGAACUUAUGUUCUUUCAUGGAAGUACUUUUGUUUCAGUUCAGUAACGAACUGAAUUCAUCUUCUCUUCUCUGCUCUCCGGCUUGUUACUUAUUUCCUCUCCGGCGUGUCAUAUAGAUUGGCGUGUGUUAUUGCUUUCUUCUUUAAUAUCUACAUCUGCAUAUGCAAGAAAAAUGUGCAGUGUUCAAUGAUUCCAUUUUAUCAAGUUCUUCCUCUCCAUUCUUUUUUUAUUAGUUAUUUUUAUAUUAUUAUAGUUGUUGUCGCUACUAUUUUUAGUAUGAUUGGCUAUGUUAUUCAAUAGCCCUUACUUUUAAUCUGUCUUUAUGCCUAAUAGAAAGCUACUGCUGCUGCAACUCUUCAAGAUUUGGAAGAAAAACAAAAUACAGGUUGCUGUAUUUUUGUUAUAAAAAUUUGAUAAAUAUGAAAAAAAAAACUAUAUUUUUCAUAUUUAUAUGUUUCCCACGUUUCCAUUUUACAUAUUUUUGAGAAAAUGUAUUUCCAUUUCAGCGUUUCUGAUUCCGUGCUACAUAAUCUCUAAGUUAUUUGAUUAUUUUUCGUUCUGUCUUUUUUGGCUAUGGGUGAAGUGUUGAUGAAUUCAGGUUCUGUUAUGAUGAUAUCAAACGGGUUUGCUUGCCUGAGUAGCUUUGAUGGUAGACCUAGUUCUUUUGAUUAUGGAUUCUGCAGUAGAAACUAUGACUUUUGUAUAUUUCAAAGUUCAGCUGUAAGGUCAAAAGGAGGGCAUGUUUGGUUUGGUUGUAUGCGAAUUAAGAGUCCGCAAACCGGUUCGAUUAUUGCAGCAAACAUGGUUGAAAGUAUGGAACCUGAGUUGGACUAUGAGAAUGAGGAAGAUGACCAAUUGACUGAACAAGGAAAGGAAGAUUUUGAUUUGGUUUCUUUAGGACAGAAUUUGCCUCCUUGGGGAAAUGUUGAGGUUCAGCAAGUUUCAGAUUUGGAAUGUAAAAGUUGUGGACAAGCUUUGAAAGCUCCACAAAAAGCAGUCAUUGGACGUGAAAUUAGGGUGUAUAUGUUGGAGGAAAGAAAUGAAGAGGUGUUGUCAAGAAGGGUUUUGAUGCUUAGUAGAUCCAACAAGGUGAGAAGCGCAUUGGAGCUGUUUGAGUCCAUGAAAUUGGCAGAUUUACGACCAAGUGUACAUGCCUGUAAUUCUCUUCUUUCAUGCCUCUUGAGGAAUGAACUGCUGGAUAAUGCCUUGAGAGUCUUUGAGUUCAUGAGGAUAAAUGAGAUUACUACAGGUCAUAGUUAUAGUUUAAUACUUAAAGCAAUUGCCAAUGCACGGGGUUCUGAUUUUGCCGUUAACAUGUUUAUCGAAUUUGGAGGGUAUACUAGAGAGAUGAAGGUUUUUGAUGUAAUUGUUUAUAACACAAUGAUAUCAAUAUGUGGUAGAGUGAAUAAUUGGAUUGAGACGGAGAAGUUAUGGAUAAGUAUGAGGGAAAAUGACCUUAUUGGAACACAAGUUACUUAUUCUCUAUUGGUUUGCAUUUUUGUUCGUUGUGGUCAGAAUGAUCUGGCUCUUGAUGCUUACAAUGAGAUGAUCCUACAUAGAUUCACGCCAGGGGAUGAUGUAAUGCAGGCAGUAAUUGGUUCAUGCGCAAAGGAGGGAAAAUGGGAUUUGGCAUUAAAUCACUUUCAAGAUAUGUUGAAUAGUGGACUGCAGCCAAAUCUAAUAACUUGCAAUGCAUUGAUUAUCUCACUUGCAAAAGCUGGAAAGGUAAAGCUGGCAUUUAAGGUCCAUGGUAUGAUGAAACUCUUGGGUCAUUCACCAGAUGUGUACACAUGGAAAGCACUGCUUAGUGCUUUGUAUAAGGCAAAUCAACAUGCUGAUGUUCUUCAACUUUUUGAAAGCGUGAAAAGAGAACAGAGCUGUGAAUUGAAUGAACAUUUAUAUAAUACUGCUUUAAUGUCAUGCCAGAAGUUGGGUUUAUGGGAAAAGGCUCUGCAACUGCUAUGGCAGAUGGAGGCUUCUGGAGAUUCAGUUUCGACUUCUUCCUAUAAUCUUGUAAUUGGGGCUUGUGAGAGUGCAAGGAAACCAAAAGUGGCAUUGCAAGUUUACAAGCACAUGAUUCACCAAAAGUGCACUCCAGACACAUUUACAUACUUGUCGUUGAUAAGAAGUUGCAUUUGGGGGUCUCUUUGGACUGAAGUGGAACAAAUUCUAGAUGUUAACCCAGAUGUUUCUAUCUACAAUGCUGCUAUUCAGGGUAUGUGCUUACGACGCAAGUUUGACUCAGCAAAGAAGAUGUACGAGAGAAUGUGCAAGAGUGGCCUUAAACCUGAUGGUAAAACACGAGCGCUGAUGCUGCAAAACUUAGGGAAACAGUGAACUUAUCGUGCAAGUAAUAUUUUUCUCAUUCUUGUCCUAAUAGUGAAGGAAGAACAACACAGAAAGAAGACCUAAAUGCAUGCAUACACAAGAGUGCACUGAUGGUGGAGUUACAGAUUUCAACUUAUCGAGUAUCGACACUGUUGUAUACCACAGGUUUGUAAAUUAACAUGUUCUACACAGUAAAUAAAUACACGACUUCUCCCAUUUCCUGGGGAGACUACA